GCAUAAAGUAAACACAUGCAGGUAACUCCAACCAUGAGUUGCGGCUACAAAGAAAGGGUGUUUAAUAUGCCUGUUAGACAACCGUCGAAAGGUGCCAUGCCGUCUGAAGUUGAUUGUCAACAGCCCCCACAGAUAAACGGCGACACUAUGGCCAAGCAACAUGCCAGUCAGAUACGGCUUCCUCCCAAGAAAGACUUUCGGUCGGAUACAGAACAGUUGCAGCAACAGAUCCAGAAGGUCUCUCCAUUUCCUUCUGUCCACGCUCUGCGCAAUACCGACAGUCCCCUUGACCUGUCGGUUAAAACACGCAAGCGUAGUCCAGACACUACGAUAUUUGAUCCAUUCCUCAGUGGAUUAUCACCAAUGAAGAGACCUAAAGUCCCCUCCCAACUAGCCCCACCCAGCCCUCUGGAUUUAACUAAAACCAAGAACUCGUCAUUCAAACAAAUACCAGGAAGUAUGAUGACACCACCUUUUCUUGUGCAGAACUCUUACGUAUAUAAAACCGCGGCACUCAAGACAGUAUCACCGAAACCAAAAUCUAACAAGCCGUCCAAAUGUAAAGAAGUUCCUAGCCCUUUAAAAUCAAUGUCAGAUACUGUCGGUAGCAAUCGAAUGGCUAAUAAUCAAACUGCUAAUCGAUUCAAAUUAAACGCAGGUUACAUUGGUUAUCCUCCAUUAUUUGUUCCAACAACAAGCAGCGUUUCAUCGCCGCCUUCCCUCUCCAGUAAAUCUCCUUUAGCUCACCCUGAUGCUCGUUCCGGUUUGCAAAUGUCUCCGACUGUGCGUGAUUUUCCGACUGAUUCCCUCAAAUCUCAGCGAAAUCUCCAAGCUACUUCAGGACACACAUCGUCACCAUCGUACGAUUCACAGCACUGUCUAACAUUAGCACGUUCUCAUUCAUCGCAACAUCACCAACAGCAAUACCAGUACAAUCAGCAGCGGCAACAGCAACAACAAUCACAGCACCAUUUUCAACCACACCAGACCUCACAUCAGACUUCACGACAGAUGCAGGUAACCAACCAGAGGGGCCAACUAUUCCCCCAGCAAACCUCAAACCCUUAUCUCCCAGGCCCUCAACCAUCACAAACGCUGACAUCCUCUCAACGCCAGUUACCACCUUCACCACACCAUCAUCGGUUGAGAGAUCAAGAACUUUCUCAGCACCAUCAACAGCAGUCACAACAACAGCGGCUGCAACAACAGAUCACGCAUCAACAACAACAACAACAACAACAACAACGUUUACAGCAACAUUAUGUUUCACAUCGCCACCAAACAUCUCCUCUUCACUCAUCUUCAUCUCUGUCUUCGCCAACGACAGUGACAAUAGCAUCAGCAUCAACGCCAUCACUUCCCUCUUCAUCGACUUCUUCUUCUGCACGUGUCUCGAACUUAUUAUCAGGAAGGGCAGCUAGUCACACCGACGUUGGCAACAUGACCGCCAGUAUGUCAGCAAAAGUAUUUCCCUUCCAUCAAAUGGAGGCUAAGAAGUUUGAAAAUUGUUCUACAGCUGGCAAAUCCCAUACGAAUGGUAGUAGCUCGGGUGCAGACUUGACAUCGCUUCGUUACAGCCCCGACAGCACUAACUGCUCUAUAGCCAAACGUAACACAACAGAUCUACAUGCACAGUCGGCAGCACGUCUCGUCGCUCGCCAUCAAUCACAGCUGACGCCGAUGGCUGCUCAGAUGCAUUUGUCAAGCCAAGAAAAAUCCAAUAUUCAAUUGAUGCAGGCUGGUAAAAGUUCUUCAAACAAGCUUAGCUCUCUUGCGUCGAUAUCCUCAUACCAACAGCAUCAACAACAGAAGAUGUAUGUACCGGGUCCUGUGACUCAGUCUAUUGCUUCACAGAAAAAUAGUUCAGAAAACAGCAAAAGACACAGUACAAACAGUAGCGGAGCUUUGACUUCAUUGUCACCGAGCAAGCAAGCUCUGAUGAUGGAGUCACAAUUAAACAAAGCUUAUCCUUCAUACCAACAACAACAAAGGCUACUGUAUAUGUCUAACCAAACUCCCUUUGCACCUGUUCCCUUAUCUUUAUCGUCACCCUCAUUGUCUUCAUCUACGACCACCACUGAUGUCAACUCAACUUCACUUACAUCCGUCCUCAACAUUUCAAAAUCUUCAAUUCCGCACGGUGUGCAGAAACAACAGAAGCAGUCUUUUGGAGGAAGUCAGUUGCAUUACUCUGCUGGCUCCGGUGUCGAAGUCACUUACAACAGCGCUAACAAUAACAGCAGCAGUAGUAGUAGUAGUAGUAGCAGUAGUAAUAGUACUUCUACCACCACAACAGCCAAUAAUCACUUAAAUCUAAAAUCUCCGUUGCAUUCAGCAAUGGACUCUCUGAAGUCUGUUGAUUCUAAUGAUGACGUCAGGAUUAUCAGUCCAACGACCAGCUGUAAUAGCAGACAACCUAAAGAUGUACCAAUUAUCAACGUGAUUUCAGAUUCUAACAGCUCAUCAUCUGAAAGAUCUUCCCUGAAGGUUGUCCACAGUAACAGUAGUGGUGCUAAUUCCAAGGAAUACCAGAACUCGUCGAAUGCUGCUGAUUCUAUUCCACCAUAUAGCACUCCUUUGUCGAUAAAUAUUCCAAGUGAUAUCUCUGCAGAAGCCUCCCAUUCUUCAGCUAGUAACAAGAAAGUAGAUGUUAUAAUAACCAAAUCUGCCUCUGAAAGCAAAGAUCCAAAACUUGGUUCUAGGAAGCAUAUUAUAAUGAAUGCUGUCAAUCAAGAUGAAGCGCUGAAAAAGGCGUUCCACGUGGAAAACGGAAUUGUAACCGUCAACCCGCACGAAGAAAGCAUAUCAGAAUCUUCUCUUAUCAGUAUUAGCCCAACACCAUCGCCAAAAAUGCCGAUAUUAAGUCCUCAACACAAGAACCCGCCUCGUGUCGGUUCACCAUCCACAAGCGAGCCGCCGCCAUUGGAACCUAGUUCAGCUACGUUUGUAGACAACUCGAGCCCAGAUGCAUUUAUCCAAGAUAAUGCUGAAAUAAUAAUGAGGCCAGCUCUCGAAGUGAAACGGAACUCCACAAAUGGUAUACCUCAAAAUCUAAAACCUUCAAUUCCUUACAUUCAUGAAUCUAUGUAUCGCCCUCAUUUUACACAUCAGGAAGUUCCUCAUCCGCUUUACGGUCACCCAAUGUCAUAUCCGUCGGCUUUCAAUAAUCCGAACCUACAUCUUCCAUAUAUGCCGAUCAGUUUGCCAACAGAGAACUCUCCUCUCCAGACAAAUAGACUUCAGGACGGCAUUAGACAUCCGAAAACUGCCAUGGACAGUAUGAGAGAUAAACGGGACGGUUUUAGUGGGCGCAGUACUAUACGGAAUAAAAACAUCCCUGUUGCUAAUGUUGCGCCCAUAGUUCAAGUGAAACAACAUCAUAAAACUGCAAUCACCUCAAACAACAGCCUUCACAAUAGUGUUAAUGUUAGCCACAGCCUUCAUAUCAACCACCGAACUAAUAACAGUAAUACUAAUAAUAAUAACAGUAACAGCAGUAAUAACAACAACAACAACAGUAAUAUUAAUAGUAGUGGUGUUAUUAAUAAUAAUAAUAGUAAUAAUAUUAAUAAUGGUAACAAUAAUAACAGUAAUAAUAACAGCAACAACAAGAAUAACAUGAACAGAAGUAACAACAGCAACUCUAGAAGCCCUUCAGAGGAACCGAAAAUAAUUUCUGUAUCGACUGAUAGCAAUAGUCGUCGAUCGAGUACGGACUCAAAAUGUGCCAACAAAGGCAGGGAUUCCAGCGAUAAAGUCGCUUCUCCGAUGCCACGCACAUUUUUCUCUACUAAAAACAUCAUCUCAAUGAUUCAAAAUUCUGACAGUGAUAACAUUUUGGAAUCUACAGUGCAGAUGUGCUGUGAUGCCAACACUCCCAAGGGGAAGAUGUCACUGAAAGACGCUAUCAAUACUCUGCUAGAGAAACACUGCCAAGAAUUACACGUGGACACGGACAAUUCCGAUAAGAUUUCCUCGUGUAUGUCGUCAUCUAAAUCUAGCGAUGUUGAAAUUAUUGAAAAUCCUUUCCAGAAAGUUGAUGAUGAUGACGACGAUGACGAUAUUAUUAUUACUGGUACUGAAACGAGGAGCAAACCAGACGAACCUGCGACGUCAGACAUGAAGGAACAAUCGCUCGGGAAACAACACAAUGGCAAUUAUGAUGUCAUCGCUGCCCCGGAUUAUUCAUCAAAUUUUCAAUCAAACCGCAUUCCAAAUGAACGCGAUGCACAUCACCGCUUGAGACAGAAAAUUUUAGGUUCAGUAAACGAAACGUCUAACAACAACACCAACAACAACAACAACACCAACAACAAUAACAACAACACAUCAACUGAUUCCUACCAUCGGUGGAACGAAUCUGAUGACCAAAUUAUAGAUUCCAACAAACCACAACAUUCUCACAUAUCAUCUGCCGUUCACAUUUCUGCUGAACAUCCUGGGAAUUUUACGGAAAUACCUUUUCAGCGGGAUAAGUUUCCAUGGGAUACCUCAAAUACUCUAAAUAAAAGAAAAAAUGUGGAGGCAGAAGAACUCAAACGAAAAGCUGUAAUGAGAUCCAUUCUUUGUAAGUAAACGCACGUACGCGGUGAUGGUGAUGGUGGUGGUGGUGGUGGUGGUUGUUGUUGUUGUUGUUGUUACUGUUAUUCACGCUGAUGAAGAUAAUGUUAAAACCCACGCCAGCCUCGAGUCUGCAGACCCCGUGAUCAAUGGCAUUUUAGCAGUGACAAACACGUGAUUU